CGUGAAUUUCCUUCUCUACGUUCUUCUUCCACUGGGCUUCUGUUGGUUCUCUCCCCUUGUUCUUCAUUCAGUGGUCUUGUUGGUUGGUGCAGUUCUUCCACAGCCCAGAAACGUAGAUGAACCCCAUGGACUCGCAGACCCAGAACACCUCGUUGCAGAGGCUUCAAAAUGUGGAGAAAAGAAUCGUUAAGGUUUUGGAGCUAGCUGGAGGUGUCAUGGACGAGCUUGCAAACCCUAGUGGUCCCAGAAAGGAGUUUAUCAACAACCAUUGCCGCGAGUUCAUGCAAUUGAUCAAGGAUAUUCAAGUGGCACUGCGGGAUGAAAUUAAAAGUGCAUGUGAUUACCGUCCGUUUGAGAAGUGUGAUUACAGUUCAAGAGUAGCUAAUGAAAUCUGUUGCAAGAAACUGGAAUAUGUCAUGUCACAGUUGGAUGCAAUGAAAGAAACAAUGGAUGAAUAUCAUAAUGCAGUUUGAAGAUCCAUGGUAGACAAGUUAAGUCCAUUCUCAUCAGCAUUCCACCUUUUUGGAAUAUAAUGCUUUUGCAAGCAUAUAGUUUUUAGAAUCUGGAAAAGGAGUUAUCACUCUGCUUCUGUCAUACGAUCCUAUGUUCAUUUUACCAGAUUGCGGGAAGGAGAGAGAGAGAAACUGGGAUUUUGAAACAAAAAUGGGCAGAUGUUGUUCUAGAUUCCCAUUAUCUAGCUUUUAAGGUUCAUUCUUAGUAGAUGCACAUGUUCUAAGAACGUUUUUUGGAUUGUAUAUACUUAACUUGGGCUAUA